CCGAAGAGUCAAACAAAAAUCGCUCUCUCAGUUUUAAUUGCUUUUAUACGGUCUAAAGUUGCAAAAAAUCCCGGAAAAUAUGUCGAACGUCGAGGAAACCGAGACGCCGAUGGAUACAAACGAAAAUUCGAAUGCCUCUUCCACGGAUGGCACAGACUCGAACAACAAGGACAACUCUGACUUUGAUGCCAAAAUCGAGACAGAUCGCAGCAAGCGUUUCGAAUUUUUGCUCAAACAAACGUCAAUUUUUUCGCAUUUCGUGUCGCCCGUGGGUCCCAGUCCCAAAUCGCCGCUCAAAGUAAAGCCCACAAAGGGUCGCAAAGCAGCUGCUUCGGGCAGUGACGACCCCGCGGAUCAUCGACAUCGCAAAACGGAGCAACAAGAAGACGAAGAAUUGCUUGCCGAGACAAAUGCCAAACAGAAACAAGUAAUUUCUUUUGAAUCGUCGCCACAUUAUAUCGCAUUCGGCGAAAUGCGUGAUUAUCAGAUCCGUGGCUUGAAUUGGAUGAUUUCCUUGUACGAGAAUGGAAUUAACGGGAUUUUAGCUGACGAAAUGGGUUUAGGUAAAACCCUUCAAACGAUCUCGUUGCUUGGAUAUUUGAAGCAUUUUCGUAACAAUCCGGGACCUCACAUCGUCAUCGUGCCGAAAUCCACGCUGCAGAAUUGGAUGAACGAAUUUAAGCGAUGGUGCCCGACUUUACGUGCAGUUUGCUUGAUUGGCGAUCAAGAUACCCGAAAUGCAUUCAUUCGUGAUGUUUUGAUGCCCGGCGAGUGGGAUGUUUGUGUCACGUCAUACGAAAUGUGCAUCAAGGAAAAAUCCGUCUUUAAAAAAUUCAAUUGGCGCUACAUGGUAAUUGACGAGGCGCAUCGUAUCAAGAACGAAAAGUCAAAAUUAUCCGAAAUUUUGAGGGAAUUCAAGACAGCAAAUCGUCUUUUGAUCACCGGAACGCCGCUACAGAACAAUUUACACGAAUUAUGGGCUCUGCUGAACUUUUUGUUGCCCGAUGUCUUUAACAGCUCCGAGGAUUUCGACGCUUGGUUCAACACAAAUCAAUGUUUAGAGAACAAUAACUUGGUAGAACGCUUGCAUGCCGUAUUGAAGCCCUUCUUAUUGCGUCGCUUGAAAUCUGAGGUCGAAAAAAAAUUGUUACCGAAGAAGGAAGUGAAAGUUUUUGUGGGUUUGUCGAAAAUGCAACGUGAAUGGUACACAAAAAUCUUGUUGAAGGACAUUGAUAUCGUCAAUGGCGCCGGAAAAGUUGAAAAAAUGCGUUUACAAAAUAUUUUGAUGCAAUUGCGGAAAUGUUGUAACCAUCCAUAUCUCUUUGACGGAGCUGAACCGGGACCUCCGUACACCACAGACUACCAUCUCGUCGAAAAUUGCGGAAAAAUGACGAUUUUGGACAAACUUUUACCCAAAUUGCAAUCUCAAGGCUCUCGUGUACUGAUUUUCUCGCAAAUGACCCGAAUGUUAGACAUCUUAGAAGAUUACUGCGUAUGGCGUCAAUUCCAAUAUUGUCGUUUGGAUGGAAGUACCGCACAUGAGGAUCGUACCCGGAUGAUUGACGAGUACAACGAGCCCGAUAGCAAAAAAUUUAUUUUCAUGUUAUCGACUCGUGCCGGCGGUUUGGGUAUUAAUCUCGCUACAGCUGAUGUCGUUUUGAUUUUUGACUCGGAUUGGAACCCUCAGAUGGAUUUACAAGCCAUGGAUCGUGCUCAUCGUAUCGGACAAAAGAAGCAAGUGCGCGUUUUUCGCUUCAUCACGGAAAAUACCGUCGAAGAAAAGAUCAUUGAACGUGCGGAAGUCAAAUUGCGCCUCGAUAAAUUGGUUAUUCAACAAGGACGUCUCGUCGAUAACAAAUCAAAUCAACUGAACAAGGACGAAAUGUUGAACAUUAUUCGUUUCGGCGCUAAUCACAUAUUUUCGAGCAAAGAUAGCGAGAUCACCGAUGAGGAUAUUGACGAAAUUCUGAACAAAUGCGAGGCAAAAACGGAAGAACUCACGAAAAAAUUCGAAAGUUUGGGCGAAAGUUCGUUGCGACAAUUCACACUUGACACUGAGGAUCGUUCUUUGUACAAUUUCGAGGGCGAGGAUUACCGUGAAAAACAAAAACUCAAUGCACUUGGCAACUGGAUCGAGCCGCCGAAGCGUGAACGUAAAGCUAAUUACGCCGUUGAUGCGUAUUUCAAGGAGGCGUUGCGUGUUGCCGAGCCUAAGGCACCAAAAGCUCCUCGUCCCCCGAAACAACCGAUUGUUCAGGACUUUCAAUUCUUCCCGCCGCGCUUGUUUGAGCUUCUGGAUCAAGAAAUCUACUAUUAUCGCAAGACUGUCGGUUAUAAAGUCCCGAAAAAUCCCGAUCUCGGGUCAGAAGCUGCUAAAAUUCAGCGAGAAGAGCAACGAAAGAUUGACGAUUCGGAGCCGUUGACGGAAGAAGAGGCGGCGGAGAAGGAAUCUUUGUUAACGCAGGGCUUUACGACAUGGACAAAGCGUGAUUUUAACCAAUUUAUCAAGGCAAAUGAGAAAUAUGGGCGGGAUGACAUCGAAAAUAUCGCAAAAGAUGUCGAAGGAAAGACCCCGGAAGAGGUUAUCGAGUAUAGCAGCGUUUUUUGGGAUAGAUGUCACGAAUUACAGGAUAUUGAAAGGAUUAUGGCGCAAAUUGAGCGUGGAGAGGCGAAAAUUCAACGUCGUGCUUCGAUUCGAAAGGCAUUAGAUGCAAAGAUUGGUCGUUACCGUGCCCCAUUCCAUCAGCUGAGAAUCUCCUAUGGCAACAACAAAGGCAAGAAUUACAUCGAAGAAGAGGAUCGUUUCCUCGUCUGCAUGCUUCACAAACUCGGUUUCGACAAGGAAAAUGUCUAUGAAGAGCUCCGAGCGGCAGUUCGAUGUGCCCCGCAAUUCCGCUUUGAUUGGUUCAUCAAGUCACGUACCUCGAUGGAGCUUCAGAGACGUUGUAAUACCCUCAUUACAUUGAUCGAACGCGAAAAUCAGGAGUUGGAGGAGAAGGAACGUCAGGAAAAGAAGAAGAAACAAAGUACGGGCGCCGUUCCAAAAGCUGGCGGACAAAAAAGAAAGGCAGAUUCGACACCAGCUUCAGCUAAAAGCAGCAAAAAGAGCAAAAAAUAAAUUUCACACCGAAAAGUAUCAAAAAAUGUAUCCUGCAGUAGAAUUAAGACGAAACAUUCAAUAGAGAGACACAAGUAGCCCAUAAGUUAUUUAAUAAAAAUCGAGCUGUUUUCUUUUU